GUCUGUAGUCACAGGGUUUUAUUUAACACGUAGUCCAGUCCACCCUCCCUCCCACACGCACACACACACAGGCUCGCACACACAUUUAACCAAGAGCGGAGCUUCAAACUGUCCGAGUUCACGACAACGACCGUUACGCUCGCGAGCCGAGCUCGGCUAGCCGACCGUUACGUUUUAAAAAGAAAACAGAAAAAAACUUCACUUUUUUCUACUUUUUCUUCCGAAACAACUCAUUUUUUUCUGGAGGAAAUAUUCACCUCUCCCGUCUUUAUGAGCAGUUAAAGGUCGCCGGCUCCUCCCCACGUCGACUUUUCGAGAAAAUUAUCGGAGACUUGAGCUAAAAAACUGAGGAGAGAAAUGGAAAGGAUUACAAGCGCGCAGCCUCCACCGCUAGACAUCGCCGACAUGCCGGGAAUGGAUUUCCCCAUGUAUGUGUACAAACCUCGGAGAGGGAUGAAACGCGGAGAGGACAGCAAGGACACCUAUAAGCUGCCUCACCGUUUGAUUGAGAAGAAGCGACGUGACAGGAUAAACGAGUGCAUCGCGCAGUUGAAGGAUUUGCUGCCUGAACACCUUAAACUCACUACGCUGGGCCAUUUGGAGAAGGCCGUGGUGCUGGAGCUCACGUUAAAGCAUGUGAAAGCACUCAACAGCCUUCUGGAACAGCAGCAGCAACAGAUCAUUUCUCUCCAGAGUGGAAUUCAAAUUGGGGAUCAGCAUAAUGGCAACUCUGAGAACAGUGAGGAGAUGUUCCGCUCCGGUUUCCAUCUGUGUGCCAAGGAGGUGCUGCAGUAUCUGGCCAGCUUGGAGAACACACGGGACCUGACCCCGACGCACAUCGUCAACCACCUGCACAAGGUGGCUGCUGAGCUACUGCAUCGUCCGGGCAGCCCACGCCUGGACACUCCCUCGCCCAGCCGCAAGAGCCAAGAGGCCCGGGAGAAGGUGGCUGUCUCGCAGCCUCGCAUGCCUGAGGGCCACGCCAAGAACUGCGUCCCUGUCAUUCAGAGAACUUACCACCCUCAGGGCAGCGAACAGAGCGGCAGCGACACAGACACGGACAGCGGCUACGGAGGCGAGCUGGACAAGCGUGACUCUAAAGGCCAGCAGGCUAGCUACUACAGCAAAGAGGGCAUGGAGCUGAAGCAUGGCCGGACGGGCAGCAUCAAGGAGGAGCGAGACGAGCCCCAGGCCAAGCGGGUCAGAUCGGAUUCAUCCGAGGACGAGUCUCUGUCGAGUCACGACUCGCACGGUGGGUACAUGAGCUUUUCGCCACACCAGCCGCCGCUCUGCAUGCCCUUCUACCUCAUCCCUCCUGCCGCGGCUGCCGCCGCAUAUCUGCCCAUGCUGGAGAAAUGCUGGUACCCAGGGGGCAUGCCUGUGCUAUACCCAGGCAUUGGGGGCUCCACGGCUGGGUUAUCUCCUGAAAAACUGCCCUCAUCACUGGUCAUGUCCCCAAGAGUAGCUUCCCCAGCUACCCCUCAGACCCCUAUGGACUCCCCUGCUCUUCUUCAGGCCCUAAAACAGGUGCCCCCCUUAAACCUGGAAACCAAAGACUGAGAACUCUAUGAAAGGUGCCCACCUCCCCCCCAUAAAAUUGCCCACAGCCCGCCCUCUGAAUGUUCUGGGUGUUGAGAGCGGAACGCUGAUGGAGGAUACGCUGAUGGAGGGGGAAAGAUGAUGAAGAGUGGUCUUCGUCGCCAUUGCCGCUGCCGCUGUCCCUCAAGCCCCCCCCAAGCUCCUGCACCACUUGCCCUCUAAACACACACACACACACACACAUACACACUCACACAGCUCAGCGGCCAACUCCCUUCCUCCACCACCGGCACAGACACAUGCGAGUCCACGUGGAGAUGGACGCAUGCUGGCCACCACGCUGAGCAACAGGAGACGAGAGGAGGCCCAGAGCGCAGCGUUUUGAGUCACUGUGAAGGAGGCGAAUUAUAAAGGACACUGAAUUGUCCGGUUCGAAGAAGGACCGCGCCGAAGGGACAUUCUGCUCCCUGCACUUGUGCUGAAUGUUUGAAUAAAAAAAAAAAAACAAAUAAUAAAUAAACAAACAAACAAAACAAAUCCAGAAUGUGACGUGCAGACAGCCCCCGAAAAA